ACUGAACUGUUAUAAUAUUAUUUGUUUUGGGCCCCCUGUGGCCCCUUAUUUAUCUUAUGGGCCCCCCGAGCAUAGGGCUCCUCGUUGUCUUAUGUUGUAGUUUUUCACUCGGUAGAUUUGAUUUUGUAGAGCGUUAUUGUACAAAAAACAACCGAAGUUUGAAGUAAACACCUUUUAUUACAUGGUGUCAGAAGUGGUUAACCACUGGAGAAUAUUAAUUGUUAAAGAAAAGUCGACAAAACAAGGAAACGAUGGCCGAAAGUGGGGAAAUGUAUCAUCGAGCUCCGGGACCUUUGGUGUUGGAUGCGAAUGCAUCAGAAAAUUGGAGAAAGUUCCUAAUGCAGUUCGAAAUUUACUUGGUUGCAAAAGGAAAGGACGACAAGGGAGAUAAGUUAAAAGUUAAUUUGUUACUUAACUGUGCUGGACCGAGUGCAAUUGAAGAGUAUAGCCACUUUGUGUAUACUGCAGGCGAGAGUAAUGAAUCUUAUGGUGAUGUGUGCCGAAAGUUCCAUGAACUUUGUCGAGGAGCUAAGAAUGUCAUUUAUGAGCGACUGCUCUUCAAUCUUAGAAACCAAAAGGAGGGUGAACGAAUUGACAACUUUGUUAGUGAGCUAAAACGGCUUUCAUUAAACUGUGACUUUGGAGCACUUAGAGAUUCAUUGAUACGAGACCGUAUUGUGGGGGGAGUAACCAGCGAUGAAUUGCGAGGGGAGUUGUUGAAAAAGCCAGACCUUACCCUACAAACCGCGCAUGAUUACUGCAGAACUUAUGAGGCGACUGAGCUGCAGAAGUAUAAGUUUGUUCCACAGACAGUAGUCCCAAGUAAAACAGUGUCUGUGCAACCAGUCCAAGUUAAGAAAGAACAGCCGUCUUGUAAGUUCUGUGGAUAUCGCCAUUCAUUUGCACACCCAACACGAUGCCCAGCUUUUAAAAGGAAUUGCAAGAUUUGUAGCAAAACAGGCCAUUUUGCAAAGAUGUGUAAAAACAAACAGAAAAAAGAUCCAGAAGUGCAUGUGGUGGAACAGGAGUAUGACUCAAGUGACAGCAACGAAACCCACACAUACUUUGGAUCCAUUGAAGUCGGAAGCGUGUUACAGAACCAGCAACCCAAAAAGAGCCUGAUAAAAGUCAUGAUAGCAGGAAAAGAGGUCAAACUGAAAGCAGACACGGGUGCGGAGGCUACUGUCAUCCCCUACAACUUGUACAAGAGCAUCACCAACAAGCCGUUGAAACGUUUACACCAGCCUUUGAAGGGCUGGCUUGCGACUAAGCCCAUCUACCCUAAAGGAUGUGUCCGCCUUCCAACACAGUACAAAGAUCGAAAGAUAGAUCUGUUAUAUCUUGUAGUUGAUGGAGAGUUCACCCCACUACUAAGUUGUGAGGCUUGCCUUGAUCUUGAAGUCCUACAGUUCAUGGAUCUCACAUUGCUAGAUUCACCAUCAGCACAAACAUCAAACAUCGACUUGUCCAGAGAACAAAGCAAAAGUACCACAACCCUCACAAGUGACCCUGUUCUGAAAGAUUACCUUGAUUGCUUCAGUAACAAACCAGGAAUGUUACCCAACAAAGUACACCUAGAGGUAGACUCUGCAGUAACUCCAGUUAUACACGCACCCAGAAAGAUCCCAGUAUCCAUGUUAGACCCAACUCAACAGAAGCUGAGAGAGAUGGAAGAAGAUGGGAUCAUUGUUAAAGAAGAAGAACAUACCCCUUGGGUCUCUUCGAUGUUAGUAAUCGAUAAACGAAAAGGCAAAGAAAAGAAAAGCCCACCAACCAAAGACAACAUCAGAAUAUGUAUAGACCCACGUGACCUCAAUAGAGCCCUCAAGAGACCCCAUUAUCCGAUGGCCACAGUGGAACAGGUUGCCAACAAACUCACCGGUGCUGAAAUAUUCUCAACGUUGGAUGCAUGCAGCGGUUUUUGGCAACUACCAGUAGACGAAGAAAGCUCGAAGCUCCUGACUUUCAAUACCCCCUGGGGUCGAUACAGAUUCCUGCGGCUCCCAUUCGGCAUAAGUUCCGCGCCCGAGAUUUACCAACGAGAGAUGGACCGACUCUUCGCAGGAGUACCAGUAGAAAUAAUCGUUGACGACUUUUUGAUACAUGGUGGAAAUCAAUGUGAGCUAGAUGACAAGAUGAUUGCAGUAUUGAAGAGGAGCCGUGAGAUAGGUCUAAAGUUCAAUCCACGUAAAGCCAAACUUCGAGUUCCUGAAGUCAGCUACGUUGGACACCUAUUUACUGCAGACGGUUUAAAGCCUGAUCCUGAAAAGGUAAGAGCUAUCAACGAGAUGCCUGCCCCGACCGAUAAAGAUGGCAUACUACGUUUCCUAGGAACUGUAAACUAUCUGGAUAAAUUUAUUGAACAUAAAGCUGAUCUCCAGGGCCCUAUCUCGCAGCUAACAAGGAAUGAUACCGCAUUCGUAUGGGAGACACCUCAACAGCAUGCAUUUGACAAGCUCAAAGCAGUCAUUACCUCAGCGCCAGUUUUAGCCUAUUUUGACAACACCAAAGAGACAGUGCUUAAUGUUGAUGCAAGUGGCACGGGAUUAGGUGCUGUGAUUCUGCAGGACGAAAGACCUGUAGCAUUUGGCUCAAAAACACUAUCACCUGCUGAGACAAGGUAUGCCAACAUCGAGCGAGAGCUUCUGGCAAUUGUCUGGGGAACUGAAAAGUUCCAUACUUAUGUUUAUGGACGUCGUGUUGUAGUUGAAACCGACCACAAACCACUAGAAGCCAUCUUCAAAAAGCCCUUGAAUGAAGCACCACCGAGAUUGCAGAGGAUGUUGUUAAAGCUGACAAAGUAUGACCUUGAUGUUCGUUAUGUGCCAGGAAAGAAACAAUUCAUCUCAGAUUGCUUAAGCAGAGCCCCAGUUAGUGACACUAAACCAGUUAGUGAACCAGAAGAGAUGAUUGGAAUCAACUUAAUUGACAGUCUUGGUGUAGAUUCAAGCACUUUGCAAAAAUUCAAGGAAGCAUCAAACUGCGAUGUUACCUCUCAAGUGGUCAUGGAAUAUGUCGUUAAAGGUUGGCCAGCAGAAAAACAUCAACUUGAUGAGCUAGCGAGAGAAUACUGGAGUUUUAGAGAGGAACUUAGCGUAGAAGAUGGUUUGUUAUUCAAAGCAGACAGAAUCAUUGUCCCGAGAUCGUUGAGGGCAGAGGUGCUAGAAGAAAUUCAUGGCGCACACAUGGGUGAGAACAAAAGUCUCAGUUUUGCAAGAGAAUAUGUUUUCUGGCCCUCAAUGACUGCACAGAUCAAAGACAAGAUUAGUUCCUGCUCCAUAUGUAAUGCCUUCCGAAACCAACAGCCAAGAGAGACCCUACUACCACGUGAGGUUCCUGGAUUGCCUUGGCAAGUGAUCAGUACUGACAUCUUUGAAUAUGCCGGACAUUCCUAUUUGCUUGUUACCGAUUUGUAUUCAAAGUACUUUGAGAUUGAGUUGUUACGCCAAACCACUGCUAAUUGUGUUAUCAAUAACUUAAAGAAGAUUUUUGCAAGGUUUGGGAUCCCGGUGGAAGUUCUGAGCGACAAUGGCUCCCAGUACAGUAACACUAGAAACCUUUUUAAUAGUUCACAUGAGUUCAAAAAGUUUGCAGAUGAGUGGGGUUUCCGUCACACCACAAGCUCUCCAGAGUAUCCACAAUCAAAUGGAGCUGCCGAGAAAGCAGUUCAGACCGCAAAACGAAUUUUAAAGAAAGCGGCUGCUGACAACAAAGAUCCUUUUGAAGGAUUACUCAAAUACAGGAAUACACCCUUUGAUGACUUAGGUGUGUCUCCAGCUCAGCUGCUAAUGAGUAGGAGAACACGUACCCAACUACCGACUCAUCGACGUUUGCUACUGCCUCAGCCUGUUGACCCAAAUCAAGUUGUGAAGACAUUGAAACAUCGUCAGAGUGUUUCAAAAAAGUAUUAUGAUAGUCAUAGUCAUGAUCUCCCUCCUUUACAAGUUGGAGAUAAGGUGCGUAUCCGUCCAAACCGGGAGGCUGAGUGGAGGAAAGCAGAAGUAUUGCCCCGAUCGUACUUAUUAGGAGAUGAGCGUGGGCGUGUCUUCAGGAGAAAUCGACGACAAAUCAUUUCAACACCUAAUGAUCAAUCGAUGAGCACAAGUCCUUUUGUUAUACCAGCCAUUCCUCAACUACCACCAGAAAGUACCAACAACCCCACACAGUUAAGCAAUGAUGUGACAGCAUCGCCUACACCACCAAAGUCUUCUGAGAGGCAACACGAGACGACACCGAUGAGCACAGCAUCUGGCAGGGUUAUCAAAAAACCACAAAGACUUAUUGAACAUUGUUAAGAACAUUUAUUGAACACUUAACCUAACACUUUGUUGAGAAGGGAGAUGUUAUAAUAUUAUUUGUUUUGGGCCCCCUGUGGCCCCUUAUUUAUCUUAUGGGCCCCCCGAGCAUAGGGCUCCUCGUUGUCUUAUGUUGUAGUUUUUCACUCGGUAGAUUUGAUUUUGUAGAGCGUUAUUGUACAAAAAACAACCGAAGUUUGAAGUAAACACCUUUUAUUACAUGAACCAAAGAAGGACACGAACAAGGAACUUGAUUUCCAAGACUGAAGGUGCUGGAAUUUAAGUUCCCAGGGCCGGUCGUGUUACAGACCAGGCCGUUUCCACGAGAUCGAGAGUAACAGUGAACCAGACUAGUUUAGUUCACUACUGAGAUGCUCAUCUCGGCAAAGUAAAUUGAAGUAGUGGUUUCACAUCAGUCACGCAAGACCAAUAAAAACACCAAGGCCGCGGUAGCUAGGUCUACAUUGGAUUUCUGUUUGCUGGGAGAACGUCGUGGAAGAAGCACAAGAUUCCAAAUGGACUUUGAUGAUUUGAGAUUUUGAUGAAGUAAACAAGUGCUCUGCCAACUCGCAUUUAUCGAGCCAAACCCCCUUCCCUGUGUUUUGGUAGGUAUAAAAUACCGAGCACCAUAGUUAAUGGUUUACCAGUUUACCUUGUGACAGUUGUGUGUGUUUUUUUUCUUGCGAAAUCUCCGUAGAAACUCUUCCUUUUCUUUCUAUUUUUGCCAAAUUGGUGCCUUGACCUCAUGGAAGGGGUCAGCGGUGCCAACUGUUAAACGCAGGUAACCCAAGCUGGGAAAGUCCCUUCGUCCCUCCCACGCGGGGGCGCGCGGGGAGCGUUUUUGCGUGACUCCGACCUCGGGCGGCUGCAAAGGAGACUUCUUCGUCCCCGGAAAUGACUUUGUACCGUCAAGACACAGAGUGGACUAUGUCAACAGCUAUCAGAUUGCGCCAUUUUUUUUUUUUUUUCAUGUCCUAGACGUUAUCUCUAGUGCGCAAGGAAUAAAAAUUUUCCCAGAUUAAUAAAAAAAAAAAAAAACAAGCAUUCAAUAAUAACAUGUUGCGGCGGUAGUUAGUACUAUAGUUAAUUAACUGCGCCAGCAUUGAUGGCCAGACGUUGGCCCAGCAAUUUUGGCGCAGUUUGAACACCGUGUUGGAAGGUACUGGCUGGUGCUGGCGAGUGUUGGUGAAAUUUUAAUUGAGCUCAAACUUUUGCCAAGAACCAGCCAGCAUUUCCUUGUCUCGUGGUCAUUCGAGCAUAUCACACCUUUGCUGGCGCAGUCUGUACAAGAACCCAACAAUUCUGGGCUCAUUAGCAUCAUUUUCAUAGCAAAAAAAUUUCACGCGUCUGAAUAACGCUGUCAUUACAACAAAUGUUCCCGCAUCUAUAAUAAAGUUUGCACACGACCUAACACCGGCCCAGCACUCCGCCAGCGUUGCUGGCCCAAGCAGGUUGCACAGGGCUUUAUCCGUUCUGACGUAUAGUGUUCCUAAUCGUCGAAAUCUACGACGUAAAACACAUUGGUUUGAGCUAGGAGCAUAUUCGGGGAAGGCGCUUAUUCAAGCAAUUAUGGUAAGUUGUCUUUCUUUUGCUGUUAUUUUCCUGACAAAAGCCAGAGCGCUCACAAGUUUGCCACCCAAAAAGUCACAUGAUUCCUUAGUACUAUACGCCUACUGCUAAUGGUAAUGGGAUGUCAACUGAUAGUUGAUAAACAAAAAAUAAGAGUUUUUUUUAGCCAUUUUUUUCGUUGCGCGGGGAUCGGUUCAUGUUGAGAAGCGCACGUCGAAUAAUGCUAAGUUGAUGUUGUGAAUCUACCUAACGAAGAUAUCCUGGGAGCAGAAUUACCAAAUCCAAUCAUUUUUUUAACUUUUGUUAAAAAAAAAUGAUGGGUUGCAUCCCCUAAAAUCGUAUCCCAACAUGCUGUUCGCUUAUAACCUCGACCCAAUCCCACGCGCAACAUUAGAAAUAGCAAAUGACUCGAUAUCUUCAAGGCGAUGCGCAGUUUGAGCUUGUCAAAAUGGUUUUGCAAUUCGGUAAGGUGAUAACGUGAGAAAAGCCGCACGUGCUAUGAGGCGCUAUAUGCUGCUAUACGGCCCUAUGUCAACCAUGUUUACCACCGCAAUAUCUGUGAAAUAUUUGCCGCUGACAUGACAGCUAUCGUGGUGCUGGCGGUACGCGAUAUGUUUACUGCCAUCCCCAGCUGGCAAAAAGGAAAUCAGUUUCGAAAGUUGAUGUGGCAUGUUUUUGGAACAAACAUCCUGCGAAUAGGUAGCACCAUAGAGAAAAGGUAAACCGUUAGGUCGAAUAGACAAGGAUAAGAUUGCAGAUAAGCUGUACGAGAAACUUGGUGGUCUGUGGUCUGUGCAGGCAUGGU